AUGUCCUCCGCUGAGCUCAAGAACGUCGCUGUGAUCGGCCUGGGAGCAGCUGCCGUCGUCGCGGCGAAAGCACUCGCUGCUGGCUUACCCUCCGCUUAUCGCGUUGUAGCCAUUUCGGAUGUCGACUAUACCGUAGGUGAUUCGCUAUGCUCGCCCGAUAUACCCCCCUGACCCCAUUCCCAUGCUCCCUCCGGCAGUACUACCACAUCGCCGGCCUUCGAGCGCUCGUUCAACCCGGCUUCGAGGACAAGAUCAUCGGUCCAUUGGACAACGUCUUCCCUUCCGGAUCUCGUCACAUCGUCAAGGCUGGUUCCAAAGUCAUCAGGCUUGAAGCUCAUUCCCUGACGCUUGCGAAUGGCGAGGUGAUCCCUUUCGCUUAUGUCGUGAUCGCUACCGUACGUCGGCCCCCUGGAAAUGGAUUGACACCGUACUUUAUGAUUUAUGAGAGGAGGACCACCACUCAACCCCUUCUCUCAUCUUUGUAGGGUUCAACAUACGCUUUCCCCAACCGCGCCCCCUCAGAUUGGUCCGUCGAGCAACUCAAGUCCGGCUUGAAGCAACUCAGGGGCCAAGUCGAUGCCGCCCCGGAGAUCUUGGUCAUCGGUGGGGGAGCGACCGGCGUCGAGUUCGCUGGUGAAGUCAAGGGCCAACAUGGGGACAAGAAGAACGUUACGGUUAGUCUUGUGACAAGUUUAGUGUGAACGCGAUCGGCGACAGCGACUGAUAUAGAAAUAUGAUCCGCUGCACAGCUCGUCCACCCUUCCAAGACUCUGUUCUCGAAUGGCUGCAAGGAGAAGCUCGGCAAGAAGUGAGCGCUUCUAGCUCAGACUUUGCCGCACUGGACUCACUUGAUCUAACCUGCUCCGUUUGUGUAGCCUUACCAACUCGCUUACAGCGCUCAACGUUAAGGUCGUCGUCAACACCCGAAUCGACGUAGGUGACCUCAAGACCGGCCCCAGCUCAGGUCGCACUUUCACUCUUGGAGACGGAUCUGCCAUCACUCGUGAGUCCCCGAGAGAAGACGGAAAUAUUUACAAGGACCAGCGCUAAGUCACUGGCACAUUCAUCUUUCUCUCCACAGCCGACUUUGUCUUCAUUGGCUUCGGAUCGACACCCAACAGCGAACUCGUCAAGGCGUUCGAUGAACAGCUCGUGAACGAGAAGGGCUACGUCAAGGUCAAGCAGUCUCUGCAAGUUGCUGCUUCCACUCCCGAGCUCGACCACUUCUACGCCAUCGGUGACGUGACGGACGUCAAAGAAGCCAAGCAAGCCGUGACGGCCAAGGCGCAAGCCCCUAUCGCCGCCGCCAAUAUCCUCGCUUCCAUCAAGGGCAUCAAGUCCCUCAAACCUUACAAGCCUGCAGGGGACCUGAUCGUCGUCACCGUUGGUCCUAAACGAGGUGCGGGUCAGAUGUUUGGUUUCGUGAUUGGGGACUUCUUCACAUCCAAGAUCAAGAGUGGGGGUUUGUUCUUGAGCAUGUGGCAGAAGGAUUAUGGGAUCAAGGCAUGA